CAGAGCAAAAAGAAGUGUUUUGUGGAGAAAUGAGAAAUGUAUUCCGAAGUUUAUAAGGAGUGGAUUGCAUUGUUUAACGAUGAUUUUAUACAGAUAUGGGAGAAUGAACGGAAAGAAUUGCAGAGAGUCAGCUUAUUAUCAUAUGCCUUCCAAAAAGAAUUAAAAAAUUUACGGAAUAAUGUGGAAGUGGAAAUGAUAAAUCUUAAACAACUGCUUAAAUACAAAGAUGAUUUGGAAAAAAAGACAAAGUCGUUAUCACCCCAGAUCAGAAAGACAAAGUCCCCAAAUACCGUUGAUAAAGAAAAUAAUUUUGAAAACCAUGUUGGAUUAAAGCAAGCAACUCUAAGAAAAAACCAAACUGAUAAUGAGAGUCCUGAUCUUUUCAAAGAUAUUGACUUAAAUGCCCAUUGUUCCACAACAGAUUUAUCUGUUAUUGAUUUAUCUAUAUCUGAAGAUGACGUGAUUAAUAUUGAAGGCAGCCCAACUAUUAAAAAGCGAAGGAAGAGGUACAAAGUUAUACCUAACCCACCAGCAUUCAGUAUUAUAACGGAAUGUCAAGAGAAACCUGUAACUCCUGUCGAAACCAUCCGAAAUUCCGUAAAAACAAAUCUCUUUAAAACACCAGUAGUUAAAUCGCAUCUUGAUUUUUCUGUGAUUGAGGGCACCCCAGAAAUCAUUACAAAUAAAUCUAAAACUUCCAGUAGAGUCAGCGACUUUUUAUCGAAGAAAAAAUUUAAGAAUAGGAAAAGUAACAAUUCUACACUAACACAAAUGUUCAAAAAUUCUUCAAGGAGAACACAAAAUGAAAAACCUGAUGAUGGCGCAGAUUCAGACGAAACUUUCUAUGAGGAUAGCACUAGUGUGUCUAAAAUGGGCAUUACUGAUUUACUUGACUAUAUAAACAAGAGUGAUAGCAACAAACAGGAAAUUGAUAAAAGGGGCAAUGAGGGGGAAACCAGUUGGCAAGAUAUUGAUACAAGUAGUCAAGAAAUAGACAAGUUUUCCAAAGGUGCAAUUUUUGAUGAAAAAGAUGUUCAAACAUCUAGUGAGAAGCCUAAAGUGAUUCCUGUAGAACCGGAACCUGUGGUAAGAGGAAAUGCCAGGAAACAGUUACACGGUUGGUCUUGCCAUCAAUGUAAAGACUUCUAUAGUCAAAUGAAGCUGCCUCCUGAAGAAAUGCAGAAGAAGAUGGAUGAAUGUUCGAGGCAUAGGUACAAAUAUCGUCCUCCAGAAGAGACAAUUCCAGGUUUUUGGGAUCUGAGUAUACCUCCAGAAAAUUAAGAUAAAAACCAAGAGUCUGAGUAAUGUGAUAUUUAUACCUAACCCUCAUUUUUAUAAUAUUACAUGAAAGAUCUUACGUACAAUCAUUGAACUUAACGAGUAUGCUUAAAAGUACCUAGUUUAUAAGUCUAUUUCUUAACUCAGCAUCUUAUAUUUACUUUAAAACUAUAAUAAACUAUAUAUUUCUUCG